AUGGACCAACUCUCUUCAGUUCCCAGUUCAAUUGCUGAAAGCAUUGAGCCAACCUUGAAGAUUUACCUUCCGCUCCUCAACAAGAACUCAACUGCCAUCAAAUCAACUCCGAGAAAAACGUUCUCUUAUGGCCCAAACCCACGGAACAACCUGGAUAUCUAUUAUCCUGCCAACAAUCCCACUGGGGCUGGGUGCCCUGUCUUCAUCUAUACAUAUGGAGGCGGCUUUACUCGGGGAGACAGAGCCUCUGAGGAUCAUCUGCUCUACAGAAACCUUGGACAUUUCUUUGCCGAGAAGUGCGGAUUCGUCACUGUCAUUCCGGAUUACCGCCUUGUUCCAGAGGCGAGAUUUCCUUCCGGUGGACAGGAUAUUGAGAUGGUUGUGAAGUGGCUCAUAGACAACAAUGGCAAGACUGGAGGUCCACAGCCAAGACCGUUGUUCAUGAUGGGCAACUCUGCUGGUGCCGUUCAUCUUUGCACAUUCUUGUUGCAUCCUUCAUUUGCUGAGCUUCGGGGCAAGAUCACAAGCGACAGCAACGCUUGCCCCCUGAGGCUUAAAGCUGCUGUCUUUUGCUCGAUGCCGACGUCAUUCCGCAGUCCCCGCCCUUACCGAGUUCCUGUUCUCGCAACCUACUAUGGAGAAACAAUGGAGCAGGAUUGUCCCCUCGGACUUCUCGAGAAUUGUACUAAGAACAAGGAUGUCUCAGAUCCUGCGCCUGGGGUCAAGUUCCUUCUGCUGUAUGGCUCCCUCGACCCCGAAGAUGAGAUUCUGGGUUGCAACAAGGAGUUUAUUGAGCUAUGGCGAUCGAGUACGGGAAGCUCGGGUGCGGAUCUCGAAGUUCAGGUUAUGGAUGGCCAUAAUCAUAUCUCGCCUCCACCAGCUCUCGGUACCAAUAUUUCGAGAGAAGAGGUCUGGGGUUUUAAUGUUGCUGGGUUUUGCAACGCGACUGCUCGAAGCUGA